CAGUGAAUCAGAUGGUUCUCAUUCUAGCCACCGCACUUGUGAGAUAGGUAGUUAGUUGCCCAUUGCCGACUAUCCGACGGGAGCGAGAGUGCAUGUGAAACAGCGAGAGAAAAGAGUGAGCGAGAAGUAGAAACAAAACGUAAAGGGUGAGACAGAGAGUGAGGAAAAUAAGAAACUUAAGAAGCUAUGGCCGUGUCAGCAACUCCGCCGGUGCUUUCCCCAACAUCUAAUCCGGGGGCUGGCAGUUUAUUCCGCUCCGAUCCGCUGUAUACAAGCCCGGCCGAGUCCCCGAGAUUGACAAGCAGCUUGAUCAACUCUUUCAUCAGCAGCGGAGGAGGCGGUGGAGGAGGAAAUGGAAACGGCACAAGCGGCAAUAACGAGUGCAAAAUGGUUGAGGUGCACGGGGUCAAGGUAGCCUCGUUCAACGUGGACGGUCAAGAACUCAUCUGCCUGCCGCAGGUCUUCGACCUCUUCCUGAAACAUCUGGUCGGGGGUCUGCACACCGUCUACACCAAGCUGAAGCGGCUGGAUAUAUGCCCCGUCGUGUGCACGGUUGAGCAGGUCCGGAUUCUGCGGGGGCUUGGGGCUAUUCAGCCUGGGGUGAAUCGCUGCAAACUCAUCACCCGCAAGGACUUCGAAGCGCUCUACAACGACUGCACCAAUGCCAGCUCCAGGCCUGGCCGCCCACCGAAGCGUUCCCUGGGGGUAGCGAUGCAGGAGAGCUCCAGGCUUCUUCCCCACAGUGUCCACGGCCUAUUGUCACCCGGCCUCCUCUCAUCCAUGUCGCCCGGAGGUAAGAUCUCUCUCAUCCAUGUGCAGCCACCCUAAACAUGCACACAACCUCCAGUGAGUCUCACUCAAAGCACCCCAAUAAAAAAGCUAAUUUACCCUCCACUCGCUAACCUCUACCUCGCAUUAAUUAUGUAUUUUAACGGUUUGAUGAAAAUAGACAGCCAUCAGGUGUCCUAUACGGUAGCCUCGGAUUUGUCACAUUUUGAUGAAAGCGAUUCUGUUAUCUUUCUUUUGAGAUCCCUGUCUCUGUUUCCCGGCGCCUUUCUUUCUCCCCCUCCCCUCAUCUCCACCCAAUCCCCCUCUUUCUGCAAAUCAGUUCCUAUUGAUUUUCUCCUCUGUCCUUCACUGGCCACUACUGCGUCUCAAACAGAGGUUAUGCUAUUGGAUUUCUGUAGCGUUUUCUCACACAUGCAUUUGCUCUCCCUCUCUUUCUCUCUUUCUCUCUCUCUCAUCCUCUCCCCCUCUCUCAUUGCCGUAGGCCUUUCCUUCUCGUUCCGCCUCUUUAUACAAUUGCAAUAUGCAAGAAUCUAUUUGGUGAAGUUGUGUUAACAUUGUUGCAUCAACACCAUGCCUGUCACUAUGCUUAGGUGUAAUCUGUGUGUGUGUGUUUGUACACAUGUGUUUUGUGUGUGUCUGUGUGUUUUGUGUGUCUCUGUGUGUUUUGCAUUUAGCUGUCUAUUUGAAAAGUGUACCUACAGCAAACUAUAGGUUCUGUCUUGUUAAGCACAUUUUUGCUUGUCUUUUUAUAUAUUUCUUCUUUGAAUUGCUGAUGGUGGCGGCAAUUUAGUCCUCACAAUGGCCAGUAAGGUUAUUGAUUUGUGCAGACGAGGAGCCAGAGCAGUCAGUUAGCCAUGCUAGUGAUUGAUUUCAGAUGACCUGUGUUAUUAUUCUCCUCUCUUGCAGUGGGUGGGACUUCUUUAAAAUGCACAUCAAAAUCAUUUACGUUUUUCUCCUCGCGGUGCGUUAGUGUUUUACUCAGCCCAGGUAAUAGAAGUGCUUGUCUACAUGUCUGUCAGAUGACAAGACACAAUUAGAGGCUAUAUUGGUGGCAAUUGAGUCGUAUCUUUUGAAUAUGUAGUUUAAUGUGAUAAUUAUAUACAACCUUUCGUUAUUUGGAUAUUAUUUUCUUUACCUUUAACGACCAAGCAGUACAUGUUUUGUUUUAGAUACGAAUGUUUUCAGCGUUUUUUUUAUUUUUAUGAAUGAUAAAAAAUCUAAAAUCCUCAAGUCGCUCCCAUUUCUUGAUUUGAUUUGAUUUCUUGAUAGCACAGACAGGGGGACAUUAUUCCUGAAUGCCUUUUCAUUAGGUUGAUGGGACAACCUGCAUU